AGCUUUACGCCACUCUGUGGCAGCACGUUCCAAUCGUCACGCAAUUGUGAUCAAUACGCUGCCACAAAAACGACCAACUAGGAUCUGACCAAAAAACAGAAGGCGACAGGAGUUUCACGCUUCAAAGCACUGGGUCCGAUCCACAGUUAUUCAGUCACGGAGGCGUAAAGUGCUGUACUGUAAAAGAAGUUGGAGAAAUUCUCGAGAGUUUACCAUCUGGCUCUAGUUUUCGCCUAAAUACGUCAACUAAUGUCACUACAGGCUAGUCAUUGGUGUGGUGGUUAGGCACCUCGGGAGCAUCUGUUCUACUCGCCGAAAGGAAUUUUACCCGCUAUAAAAUCAAUUCGUGCUGACAAAAAUAAAGGCGUAAGCAAGAAGUGGCGUGAUUUCUUACUACUUUAUCUCUAAGGAACAGAACACAAAAGUGAAAGCUUUGUUGGUUCGUCACAAGUGGCAGUAGAGAAACAGGACUGAAAUAUGCCCGGCCACGAUUGCAGUGCGAUGGCGACCGUGUGCGGCAGUCACGAGAGGAGCCGUCAUCCCGUGUCGUGUGACACGUUCGUUGUAUUGCCACCACUGACGGAGCACGGCGGUGUCGUCUUCGGUAAGAACUCGGACCGGCCCCGCGGCGAGGUACAGGAGCUGGUCUACUUCCCUGCCGCUGACCACCCGGCUGGCUCCAAGCUACAGUGUACGUACCUGGAGAUCGACCAGGUGGAACACACGCAGGCGGUGGUGCUCAGCAAGCCGGCGUGGAUGUGGGGUGCCGAGAUGGGUGCGAACGAGGCGGGCGUGGUUGUCGGCAACGAGGCGGUCUUCACGCUGGUGGAUAACGGCGACGAGGAGGAGCGCCUGAUCGGCAUGGAUCUCGUCAGGUUGGCCCUGGAGCGCGCGACGACGGCGGAGGAGGCGGUGGAGGUGGUGACGCAGCUGCUGGAGCGGCACGGGCAGGGCGGGCCCUGCUCAGACUCGGACCCAGGCUUCACCUACCACAACUCCUUCCUGCUGGCCGACCCCACGCAGGCCUGGGUGCUCGAGACUGCCGGCCGCCACUGGGCUGCCAAGAGGUUCACGUCCGGCUUCCGCAACAUCUCGAACGCCCUGUCACUGUCGGACGACUACGACCGCUGCUCGGAGGGCCUGGCGGACGUGGCGACCUCACUGGGCCGGUGGGAGGGCAGCGGCCGGCCACCGUUCGCCGAAGCCUUCGGGUCGAAACCCGGUGACGGGCGCUACCAGAGGGGGAAAGAGCAGCUGGAGCGCCUAUCCGAGGGUGGCAAGUUCGGCAUCAAGAGCAUGUUCGAGGUGCUGCGUGAUGUGGAGGGAGGCAUAUGCCGCCCCGUCACGUGCGCGUUUCCGACUCAGGGCAGUCAGGUUUCUGUGUUGAGUCCGCCCGGCAGUGGGAAGCCGCACUGCCACUGGUUCACCGCAACUCCAGAUCCGCGCCACUCUGUGUUCAAGCCGUUCAUCUUUACACCGGCCGUGCGGAUAUCGCGCCUGACCGUCAGUCCUACAUUCGACCCGGACCCGGCAAAGGUAGUGCCGCGCUUCCAGACACCGGUCGACCGCGAGCACGCGCUGUACCGCCUGCACGCGGCUGUGGCGGCGAAGGCGGCUGGCGGCUGCGAGUGCCCGCCGGUGCUGAAGCUCCUGCGCCAGAUGGAGGACGACUGUGUCGCCGAGGUGGAGGCAUUCGUCGACGGCUUUUCGCGCGGCGAGGGUGACCUCUCGGAAGUGGACGACCUACUCAAGGACUGUGUGGAGACGGAAGUGAAGUUCUACAAGUAAGGUGGCAAUUUGGGAGGGCACCAGUGUCAGUGUGCCCACUGACACCUACUGCCCUUAGCUACCAGCAUAGUCCGUUCCCACAAAAAAGUGUGUGGUGAUCCACCCUGUGCUGGUGCAGAAUAUGUACUCCGGUUACCUGCCGGUGAAAGUGCAGCGGGGGAACGGUAAACGUCAAACGGAGGCUGCUGCCGUAGGAUCUACUCUCGCCAUGUCUUUGUUAACCCAAAUAUGCCUGUGGCCCAGUGGUUACGUUUCCCUGUGCUCGUAGGGGAUCUGCCUUUGUGACGAUUACUCCGUCAUCUACUACAGCUCUGAUGACUGUGCUGAAAUGGUGCAGUGUCUUUCCUCUCAGUUAUCCACUUCGUAGUUUCUUCACGGCAGAGAACAGAAAAUUUAGUGUGGGAGAAACUUCAGUAACUCUUCGGCCGCCAAUACCGAAACAUUUACUCGCGCAGCAUUUAAAUCUCGGGGGUGCCGUUGUGUGCACUCUCUCUGACAAACCGUAAAUUUCACACUGCGUACUUUUGCUAUUAUUUUAUAGUAUUAGCUUACAUUAAAUCCGUGUUUUCGUGGGCCAGCCAAUCUCGACUGGAUCAUAACCUGCUUUUUAUCUCUGAUAAACUGUUAUUGUAAUUUGAUUACUGUCCUUCGUGCAGUUACUGCAGUCACACAAAAUUUAUGAAGUUUUUUAAUUCUGCCCCCGGGUACAAUAUUGGCCAACUUCUAAGUGCUGUUGACAUUCAUGUGGACAGUCCACUGUAUUGCCCAGUCACCAAUGUACGGUGGGCAUUAUAACGAGAAGACCCUACACCAGUUGUAUGCAUAACCACUUACACAGAAUUCUUCAUUAGUCUUUUACUGACUCUGAGCCAUUUGGAACUUGAUUGUGGCCUGACCUGUAGUUCAGUAUGGGAAACCUGUUUAAAAGGUUAGUCCACUAUACAUAACAGUAGGUUGCAUAAAAUAUUCUACUUCCUGCUGCAGAGAGGGUUCUUCAUUGUAGGUCUAACUGAAGCUACUAAAUGAAACAAGUUCUCGACUAAACGUUUAUCCUAUGUUAUUGUUUUAAUAAUACGCGACUGCUACCAAAUCCAUUGUAAUACACUGAUCUUGAUGCAAGAAUGCACAUUUGCUGGCAAUUCUAAGUAUCGGGUUCAAACACAAAGCGCAUUCUCCCAGUAGUAGCCAACACGAAUAUAGAACUCGUUGCCUGUGUCCAAAGAUCCACAAGUUUUAAGUCACUAAACAUUUUGAAUUUUCAGCAGUGUUACCAGAUUUUGUAGGCUUCACAUCAGCUGCCUCAGUUCACACAUAAACAUGGCACAAGAACAGUGGUUUGUUGGGGUGUGGGUUGAGGCUGUUAAUAUUGAUACAUAAUAUACAUCAGUUCAAAGUGUACAUAACCUCCCAUGCUUUUAAUAUCGGUUUGUUGUUACACUUAUAAAGGAUGUGACGGUGAUGUGUACAUGUCAGAGUAUUUUUUGAGUUUGGCCUGUCCUUAAGCACUGUCUUUUGAAAUAUACUAUUUGAUAAUGGUCUCCAGGCAAAAAUUUCAGUUGUGAAAAUAAUUUCCAUAGUGAUUUGAAAAGAUGUGUUUCAAAAAACCUUUAUUUACAUAUACUGCCCAACAUUACAAUUUUUGGUCUAUGCCAGCAUUGGGAUCUGAAAGAUAAGAAUAAAAAAACAAAUAAGAACCAAUUUUCUACAAAAAGAUACAAUUUUUCGUAUUUAUGAAAUUAAAUGUACCACAGGUAACAGGACAUUUUCUAUUUUCUGUCCACGAAUAUCGUAACUAUUUUUAACUCUGAACCAUCCCCUCCUUUAAUUUUUCAAUUCAUUAUCACCUUUAUAAUUAUGGCACGAUAUGUCGUUGUCGAUUGUUCUUAAUGGAUUGUUGACUUUUUGCAGUUAACUUGUAUUGUGUGUUCUAAAAUUGAUUCAUUGUAUUCAUUUUCUUCUUAUCUCUGUCCUCACUGAACAGGAAAUUACUCUUACCAGUUUUCUCUUUAACAUCUUACUGGAAUGAGAUCAUAUACUUUUUCAUCCCCUUGGUACUGGUUUCUUCUAAAAAAAUUUACACACUGUGUCAGUAUAUUAGAACACUAUACAGUUAUUUUAUAUGUCUUUAUGUUAAUUACUUUAUGUUGCUCCAACUUACUGUUUAAUUUUUUAAAUCAUGUCACUAUCUUUCAUGUUAUGCUCAUAAACAGAAACCUGUUGAGCUACUGUGUGUUGAAAUCAUUUGGAAUGUUCAAUAUCAUACAGUGUGUCCAUCUUAAGUCAUCAGGCAUAAUUUUACUGCUGUUUCGGCAGAUUUUCACAAUUUCAUUUUUUCAUUGUGUAGCUGGAGUCAGCACAGACAAAUAUUGCUCAUCAGGUCUUUUGUGUGACGUCCAGUGUCAAUGGGAAGUCACAGUUUGUUUCCCAGUACAAACAAAAUGAAUUUAAUGAAAUUACAAAUAUCAGCCAAAAUGUCAGACGGAAAAGUGCCUGACAAUGCUUAUGGGGGACACCUGGUAGAAGAAAGAUUAUAAUCUCUAUAUAAAAUUGUUUGUAAUUUGUUCUUGGUAUUAUCUCAGACAUUCUGAUUACAGCACUGAUUGAAACUUGUAAAGUUUAUGGUUCAUGUAUAUAAGUCUUUGAGAUGAACAUUGUAGUGAUAAGUUGAGAACAUUGUACACCUGCGUAUAGAGGCUUCUUGUACACAAACUGGUUGAAAUGAUUGUAUCUUCACAUUAUUAUGGUGUACAUCACAAGUCUUGGUGGAAUAAGGUUGUAGUUCUGGUUAUCAAUUCAGGUAUUGGUUUGAUGCAGUUCUCCACACCAUUCUAGUUUCUUUUCUCCCUGAUUCGAUUCAGUACUACUUCUGCUUCUGCACAUGAAUUGUGCAAACUACUGUAAAGUACACGGUAAAGGGUACGUGCUGUUGUACCCACUGCAAUUGCAUAUUCACCAUGGGAAGAAUGACUACCUAAAUGCCUAUGGAUACUGGAUACUGUAAUUAGUCUAGUCUCAUCUCAGCUGCCCCUUCAGUAAAACAGCACUAGAUUCUUCACUUAAUACUGGUUCUUUUAGUUAGCCAGUCUACUGUCUAAUCUUCACCCACAUUUUGGAAGCUUCUGUUCUCUUCUUAUCUAAACUGAUUAUUGUCUGCAUUUCACUCCUGUACAAGGCCACACUUCAGAAAAACACCAUCAGAAAAGAAUUCUCAACCCUUAAAUUCAUUGAAUCUUGGCAAGUUUGUUUUUCAGAAAUGCCUUUAUGCCAUUACAAGUGUGCAUCUUAUACACUUUCUGGCCAUCAGCAGUUAUUUCGCCACUCAAAUAGCACAACUUGUCUACUACUCCCAGUGUCUUGUUCCUCAUCUAAUCUCCUCAGUAUCACCUGCUAUAAUUCAACCACAUUCUGUUGGUGAUUGAUAAGUUGUAGAAAUUUUGUUUUCCAGAAAAAUGAGAGCAUAACCAGGUUUCAGGACAAAGACCAGUCUUCAGAUGCAUCUGAAAAAUUACCUCUAAUACGUGACUAUACAUAUUCUCAAACUUUAAAAAACUGACAGACCUUGUUCUGAUAUUCAAAAAAGGAGCCACAAGGCGUGGCCACGCAGGUUGAGUCAUCACAUCACGGACUGUGCGGCCCCUCCCGCCAGAGGUUCGAGUCCUCCCUCGGGCAUGGGUGUGUGUGUUGUUCUUAGCAUAAGUUAGUUUAAGUAGUGUGUAAGUCUAGGGACUGAUGACCUAAGCACUUUGGUCCCUUAGGAAGUCACACGUGCAAAAAAGGACAUCACCUAUACAUAUAGAAUGUCUAUAAGAGUUACCUAAAAGGGUUAAUUCAGUGAUUUCCUACUACAUGACACAUAAGCAAAAGAUCAUUCAUGUAUUCCUAGGCCAUAUGGGAAACCUAUCAAAGAACAGUGCCUGCAUAAAACAUAGGUCCCUGUAUGAAAGAGCCGCACCAUCCCAGGUAACGCCAAAAGAUAAAUUAGUAGUGACCCUACAUCCUAUAAACCACAACACAAACUUACAAUGAUCCAGACUUAGAGAUGUUAAUAACAUCCUUCUGCAUAAAGCGAGAUAGCUGACACUCGCACACUGGAAUCAGAACGAGAUAAAAUACAUAGUCACUGCACCUACAGACAUCACUGUUUAAAUGAUAUGUCCCCUUAUGUAAAGCUCUGACUUCUUACACAUCUGCCUAGUACAGCACCAACUGCAUACUGACAUUAAAAUGCCAGCUGACUAGCCACAUUGCCACCGUGUAAGCGAAUGCGCCACAUGCACUUUCUCUUGGAUGAGCUCUGUCCUAUUAUCCCUGUUGCCGUCACACCCUGAACCUCUAGAAACAGCACCAUUCCAUUGUGCUAACUCCAUUUGUGUGAAAGACACACUGUUAUUACACAUAUCAUUUUCAGGUGCUCCUGAAGGUGGAACUGAUGUCCUGAAAUAUCAUUGUACUCUACUUUUAUAGCAAAAUAAAAUUUAUAAAACUGCAGCAGAUGUUAUAAACCAUGAGUAAUAUACACAACUACUGUGGAUGUCCUAUUGUGAGAAACACAUUCAGUUUUCUUUGUUUCACUUUUAUUGAUCUUUGUCACAUAACAUCUUUUAAGAAGCUAACCAUUCUUUUCAGCUGACCUGCCUUUUGUCAGGAUUGCAGAAUCAUUGCCAAACAUAAGAGUUGUCUUUCUUCUCCCAGAUUUUCAAUUCACUUUUUAAAUUUCUCCUUGGUACUCUUUCUGUCUGCUUAUUGUACAAAUUGAAUUACGCCAACAGUAGGCUACAACCUUGCCUCACUCCCUUCUCAGGUGCCGGCCGUUGUGGCCGAGCGGUUCUAGGUGCUUCAGUCCGGAACCGCACUGCUGCUACGGUCGCAGGUUCGAAUCCUGCCUCGGGCAUGGGUGUGUGUGUGUGAUGUCCUUAGGUUAAUUAGGUUUAAGUAGUUCCAAUUCUAGGGGACUGAUGACCUCAGAUGUUAAGUCCCAUAGUGCUCAGAGCCAUUUUUGAGCCUUCUCAGGUACUACCUUCAGUCCAUGCCCUUCAACUUUUAUAUGAUUAGCCCAAAUUAUCUUUGAAUGACUUGAGAGAAGUGUACAGAUCAGAAUUUUCAUUACACCAGUGUGGCUUAUCCUGAAAUAGCAGGAACUUCGGGCCUCUAGCCAUUUGCAAACUGUAAUUGUGUAUUUACCAGAGAAACACAGCACAGAAAAUAUUUCUUUAUAAUGAGUGUUAAUCUGAACUUCCAACUAAAAAAAAAGUAUAAUAAAAAGUCUCUCUGAUAGAAUGCAAAAAAAACCCAUAUAGACUAAGGUUUUUUGUUUAGUUCAAGGAAGAGGAGAAGGUCUUAAAAGAAUUCGAAAUCACAGAAAAUAUGCUCACAGGUGAAACUGAAAGAAAGGCCAAAGACAAGCAAGAGUGUUCAAAGUCAAAAUCAAAACUAAAUGAACAAUCCAAAUCUCUGAAGAAAAUGAAGAAGAGAAGAAUGCAAAAUCAGAAAGUAUGAAACAAUACUGAGCUACUAGAAAGGCAUAGAAUACUAAAACGUGAUGGCUGUGGCAUAUGCAAAGUUGGGUGAAUCUGAAGAGGAGGUGGUGUUAACAAAUGUAAGAAUGAUUUCUGAAUAAUAAAACCAUUUUAAAUAUCUGCCAUAGGCUGUCAAAUUCUUUAUAUGAGAUUACUUUUGUUGCGUCAUGUAUUAAAGAACAUUAGUGGUCAGUUUUGGCCUAUGGUAAUUUCAGAUGCCUUUAAUAAGAACACCAAAAAUGUAGAAAAAUAAACCACACUUGACAUCGUCACACUUUGCAUAUUAUAAUUGCUGUUAUAUUACUUACAGUAGCAUCAGUGAUGUGUAUUUCAUACUUAAAAACUCUUUACUGCUGUGUGCGAACAUAGACUUAUUCCCACUCACCCAUUCAAAAUAUGCAUUUAUAGUCUUGCACAUAACAUACUACAUAUAGAAAUGCAUUUUGUGAUGUCAUAUAACUAAACUGCUGUUCUGCUGUUGACAGAUGGCUUUAAAGUCCUUGCUUGAUGUAUUUAGCAGCACAGUGUGUCCAUUUGUUUCCACAGACAUAAACACGGUCAGUAUAAAAAUGUGGGAAUGGGCAACAAGCAAUGAAUAUGUUUAGACAGUGACAUUUUACAAGAUCAGUGUAUAGCAGGGGGGAGGGGGAGAGACCGCUACAGUUGUUGGACCGCAGUAUUCCGUGCAUUAUAUGCCUGUCACUAUUCUUAAUGAAGAAAAAUUUCAUAGUGCAAGUUACAAUGGCUUACUGCAAUGUUACUAGUACAGUCAGUUAUAAUCUUUGUUAGUGUGUAAAAUAGAUUGAUGUUACAGAUGAUCUUCUUACUAGACUUUACAAUGUCUCUGAGACAAGUGACUACGUCAACUGUGAAGUUGUCCAAAUUUCCCAGGUAGUUUGAAUGAAAGUGAAAAACUGGAACACACAUCACGGUUGCUAGCUCCGCCCCUGCUGUUGCAUGUUACACUGAACUGACAGUGGUUUUGAACAGAAAGAAUGCAGGAUAUGGCAGCUUGGUCUAAAGAACCGUGAGUGUUUUAAGUUAACGUACGAACUGAAAUUCUCGCUUUCUGAAAUCGGAAGUGACAAUAAUCGCAAAUCACAACAGGAACAAAUGUGGUACAGCAUUAAAUGUUAUAUGGUGAAAGCUCGAAGUGGAUAGUCUGCAGUGUGUGGUGCGGUGAGUAGGUUACUUCGCCGGUUUAAAGUUUUGAUUCCGUCUUUAAUCACGUGAGCCUGGCAACUAAUUUGGUCAGCCAGAAAGCGAAGGGAAACAUCCUGACCUUAGUUUCCAGUCUGCACGGCCACAUUCCGGUCCAGCCCACUGAAAGAAAAGUGUCUAUUUCCCAUUUCUUUGUGGGGUCAGGACUGUAACUUCAGUAAAAGCUUAAAGUUCCAAUCAAGAUUUAAUUUAAUUAAAGUUUCUCACAAACAAUUGAAAACAAGUCUUUCUAAUCUAGCAGCACCUUUAGCAGUUCAGAGGCGACCUCUGCGGUAACUUCCUAUCAGAUUGUUUUUCAUCCUGGCUAACAUCAUUCAAUUGAAAGUUCACAAUAAAUGUUCAAAAUUUAAUGCUCGCCAUAAAAGUGGAAAUAAAUUCACCACUUGUCACGCAGAAUUGAAUUUCACGCGGAUGGCACACUAACGGUUAUUUUACCGAAUUCUAAACAAUCCAGGACGGUGUGCAGUAAGACAUGGUGGUUGGAUCUGUAAAAGAGGUGGUGCUGUUAGUGAAGGUAUUUAUGUGCCAAAAGUAUAGUUUCUUUUCUCCUUUUUUAAUUUUUAUAUAUUUAUUUAUCCCCCCACCUUUGAUCCAUCAGUGGCACAGAAUCUUAGAGUAGCUGAUAAUUACAUGGUAGAAGUAAUUGCUUUUCUCAUUACAUUGCCAUCUUUCACUACUUUCUCUCUCAACACCUUGUAAGAAUCAGUAAUUAUUAUUGCUCGUACUCCAGUCUUGAAACAAAUAUUCACCCUCUGAAGGAAGUUAUGUUUGGAGAAAUGUCUAGUUCUUCUCUUCCAGUAUAGUCGUCCAUUUUUUUCACCGCAGAAAGUGAGCAAUGCUAAUUUCCUUUUAGCACUCGGUGCCACGGCAGUGCGUGCAGUACUCGUGUGUGCUUUGUGGUGUGUCCAACUGGGUGCAACUUUUCCUGUUCACUUUGUUGCAUGCUUUAAGGAAUCUGUAAAUGGUCACUGAUGCAGUCAGUAUAAAUUAUAAAUGUAAAUGGCAGUAAGAGAGAGGAAGGAUAAGAUACAUGUAGGAGGUCUUCUCGGCAGUCCAAAUUGUGGUUACCUCAUGUGUACCUAGAAUUCAGGUCACUAAUUUGGAACAUUACCAAAUAUUACUUUGGGGAGAAUAAUGUGUCAGCAGCUAGUUUGAGGGGAAAAAGAUAAUAUCUCUGUGGAGAACAUAAUUUUAUGGAGGACAUUUUGUGGAAUGACCUAAUGUCGCAUCCCAAGCAUGGGUAUUGCAAGGGAUCGAGCGAAACGGUUCGUGAAAGGGAUUUAGCUGGUUCACCUUAGUGAGAGGGAGACUUUUUGAUCUGGCUAAGAUGUGGAAAUCCCUGGUGUGAAGGAAGCAGGUGGAGUUAGUCUUACUAACUUUAACAGGUUGCAGUUUAUUCCGAAGAAUUACAGCUUACCCUAACUGCGUGAUGGUGGCAUUCACAGGAAGGCCAAGUCUAAUACAGAGACAGUGACCGAUUCCACCGUUCCGACUUCCUACCAGAAGCUCCGCAAUACUUCCUAGCGCCCUACGGCAGAGUCCCGUGGCUACGCCCUAAUGCUCUUCAGCGACUAUCUCCGGCUGCCUGCCUGUUGCCCGUUCCUCAGCCAGCGUGAGGCUGCCGCUAUCACGCCGACUACUGUCGCUACCCGGAGCCUAACACCGAGAGACGCCGGAGUGGCAUUCUCCAGAGUUUUGUCAGCUCUGCCCCUCCGACCCCACCAGCGCUCGGCGUGACGUAUUGUCGAAGGCAACUUACCCUCAUUUGGUAAUGUUGAAGUAUUAUUGUUGUUCAGAGGCUGGGUGGAGGGAUAGAGGCGCCUCCUGGGCCCUCCAGAGGCUCCUCAUCACGUAGUGCUGUCCCCAUUGAGGGCUCUCUCUCUCUCUCUCUCUCUCUCUCUCUCUCUCUCUCUCUCUCUCUCUCUCUCUCUAUAUAUAUAUAUAUAUAUAUA